GACAGACACUGAAGAGCAGCAUGGAGACUUCCGCUCCAACAGCCACUGAGAAGAAGGAGUGUAAGAGUUCAGGUCUGGACGGAAGCAGCUUCUCAGAACUCCCAAAGAAGCCAUCGCCAACCACUCUGACCAGAGGCGGCCACCACCUCUUCCCCACCUUUCACACACCCAUCCCAAUCGACAUGAGGCACCACGAGGGGCGGUACCAUUAUGAGCCACACCCACUCCACACCAUGCAUGGACCUCCAGGACUAACAGGCAGCCCAGUCAUCUCAGAUAUUUCUCUGAUCCGUCUAUCACCCCACGGAGCGCCUGGGUCGGGUGAAUCUCCGUUCAGCCCUCCACAUCCAUACGUCAGCCCCCACAUGGAGCACUACCUCCGCUCGGUCCACAGCAGUCCCACCCUCUCUAUGAUCUCAGCGGCCCGAGGACUGAGCCCUGCUGAAGUGACGCACGAGCACCUGAAGGAGCGUGCCCUGUUCAGCCUUCCCCCUCCACCACCUGGAGCCAACCCCACAGAGUACUACCACCUGAUGGCCAGUGCCAGCCAGAGAAGCCACUACGGCGACCUGCUGAUGCAGAGCGGAGCAGCGGCGGCAGCAGCGGCGGCUGCUGCAGCUCAUCUACCAGAUUACAUCAGUCCUGUGGACGUAUCACGUUUCUCUAGCCCGCGUCUGACACCCCGCCUGAGCAGAAAGAGGGCGCUGUCGAUCUCCCCGCUGUCAGAUGCCAGCAUCGACCUGCAGACCAUGAUCCGCACCUCGCCCAACUCCCUGGUGGCCUACAUCAACAACUCCCGCUCCAGCUCAGCGGCCAGCAGCUCUUAUGGGCACCUUUCAGUCGGAGGCAUCAGCCCAUCCUUCAGCUUCCCUCAUCCCAUCAACCCUGUCGCCUACCAGCAGCUGUUGUCCCAGCAGAGGGGUCUCAACGCCUUUGGCCACACACCACCUCUCAUUCAGCCAUCACCGUCUUCCUACUCUGCUCGCCAACACCAUCUCACGGUCUCGCCGAUGUCCACCUCCCACAACAGCUCCAACUCUGAGGCAAACCAGAAUGCCAGUGGAGACCCAGCAGUCAGCAGCACAGUCAACCCAUUGAUCACCAAGAGGUCAAAGGUUAAAACAGAAGCAGAAGGUCCGCUUCCCAUUUCACCGUCGUCUCAGGACCUGGGUGGGGGUAUCUUGGACCUGAGUGAAGAUCUGGAUAAAGAUGAGUGUAAACAGGAGCCUGAGGCCAUAUAUGAGACCAACUGCCACUGGGAGGGCUGCUGCAAGGAGUAUGACACCCAGGACCAACUUGUACAUCACAUCAACAACGACCACAUCCACGGCGAGAAGAAAGAGUUUGUGUGCCGCUGGGACGAGUGUUCCCGGGAGCAGAAGCCCUUCAAGGCUCAGUACAUGCUGGUGGUCCACAUGAGGCGGCACACAGGCGAGAAGCCACACAAAUGCACGUUUGAGGGCUGCGCCAAAGCUUACUCUCGUCUGGAGAACCUUAAGACCCACCUCCGGUCCCACACAGGGGAGAAGCCGUAUGUGUGUGAACACGAAGGCUGCAACAAGGCCUUCUCCAACGCCUCAGAUCGGGCCAAGCACCAGAACCGCACACACUCGAAUGAGAAGCCGUAUGUGUGUAAGAUCCCGGGCUGUACCAAGCGCUACACUGACCCCAGCUCUCUAAGGAAGCACGUGAAGACGGUCCACGGACCUGAGGCCCACGUCACCAAGAAACAACGAAACGACGCUCCUCCGAGACAGCAGCCACCCAAAGGCAACGGAGAGAAUGACACAAACUCCAAACUUGGUUCAAGAGGCCUGGACGGCAAGAUAGAGGCCAACAGCACCUCUAUAGGAGUGGAGGACUGCCUACAAGUGAAAUCUAUCAAAACUGAGAACUCAAUGACAUAUCAGUCGAGUCCUGGCGGUCACUCUUCCUGUAGCAGUGAGCCGUCACCUCUCAGCAGUGCCAACAACAACGACAGCGGGGUAGAGAUGGCGAUGCACAGCGGGGGCAGCUUCGGGGACCUCAGUGCACAGGAUGAAUGUCACAUGGUUGACUCCACUGUUCCCGUUGGGGGACAGCACACUGGCGUGGGGCUACAGAUGAGGAAAGCCAUGGGUCAUGGUGGCGCUGUCACCAUCAAGCUGGAGAACAUCAAGAAGGAAAGGCUGAAGACAGUCAGGGAGUCCUGUCCCUGGGUCAACUCUGCACCACAGCCACCACAGGGCCAACGCAACAGUAUGAAGCUGCCUCCCAUACCUGCAGUCGGUUCCCUGCUGGAAAGCUCCAACGUGAUGAGUAAUUCAAGCAAUUUGUACCCUGGCCAGCGCAUUGGCGACCUGUCUUCAUGUGAAGUUACACUGCUGAACCAGCUAAAUGAGCGCCGGGACAGCACCACCAGCACCAUUAGCUCAGCCUACAACUUGAGUCGACGCUCAUCCGGUAUUUCACCGUGCUACUCCAGCCGUCGUUCCAGUGAGGCGUCCCAGUUUGGUGGCAACCGCCACAACAAUAUCAGUUCAGCUGACUCCUAUGACCCAAUCUCCACAGAUCUGUCUCGCCGCUCCAGUGAGGCCAGUCAUUGUGGAGGUGGUGGUGUCAGUGGUGGAGGUCUCCCAAGUAUCCUUAGUUUGACACCAGCUCAGCAUUAUCGGCUCAAGGCUAAGUAUGCUGCUGCCACUGGUGGAGCUCCGCCUACCCCUCGUCUCAGAAUUCUGGGCCCCUCUGGGAACAGCUCGGGGCAAAUGGACUACCGUGCCAGCAAUCAGGCUCAGGGCUACCAGACAGGCAUGCCCCCACCAGCAUCAUUUUAUGGCCAGAGGAGGAUGGCCAUGGUGGAUGCCACCAUGACUCAGUCUGGUCAGGACAUGCAAUCAUGCCAUAUGGGCCCAGCUGGCUCUCAGCAGCCUUUCCCGGCACCGUCGAACAACAUUAACAAGAAUAAUAUGCCAGUGCAGUGGAAUGAGGUGAGCUCAGGGACUGUGGACAAAACAACUAAGCUCUCCAAACAACAGCAGCAUCCUGUCAGGGGGAACCUAGCUGUUGUUCAGCAAAGGCACAACUUUGGUUCCUUUCAGGGACAAGGUCAGAGUCUGGGCAGCAACCAGCAGGUAGUGCCUAUGAGUCAGAAUAUGUCUAUGCAGGGGUAUGGAAACCACAGCAGCCAGAGGCUGAUGAACAUCUCCCACCAGCAGCACCAGCAACAGAGGCAAUGCAAUAAUGUGAACUUUAAUGAACAAAUGAGUCCUCAGCAAGGGUUUGGCCAAGAGGCAAUCCCAAAUUCUUUGUCUGGGAGCACUAGUGUGCGACCUAAUCGGAACGGUAUGGUAGAGCCGGAACUGCAAAGUUUCAAAUCAAGGACACAGUCAGAUGGGUAUACUCAUGUGAACCAUGUGGACCAGCAGCAAAAUUACAGUGUUCUCUCCCAGCAACAGCAGCAUAAUGCCCAUAAUGUAGGCAGAGGAAUGUUACAACCCAGGCCCCCCAUCGAGCCAAAGUCUACUGGAAGACAACACACAGGUACUAGCAUGAUGCAACUGAGCCAGAUACCCAAGUCAUCUGCUUUGAGCCCAACUCUUGGUACUGACACCUCAGAGGCAAGCCCAAAAAGGCCGAGUGGUUCAGUAACCCACACCAGCAACUCUGAAAACCUGAACCCUGCUGUUUUCUACACAGGUCAGAUUCAUAUGUUUGAGCCACCUUCUGUCACGUUUAAUGCCCCCAUGUCUCACUGUUCCAACCAGGCCGCUGUCAGUAACACCACUACUGCAGCCAACAUGGCCUCACCAGGAGUCAACCAAGUCUCUAGCAGUACAGUGGAUUCUUCCACUGGUGGCACAGAUCAUGCCCAGAUUGACUUUGACACCAUGCUAGACGAUGGGGACCACUCCAGCCUUAUGUCAGGUACCCUGAGUCCUGGCCUUCUGCAGAGCCUCUCCCAGAAUUCCUCACGUCUCACCACCCCUCGCAACUCUGUCACUCUCGCUUCUGUACCUGCAGGGAUUGGCAACAUGGCCAUUGGGGACAUGAACUCUAUGCUCACUGCCUUGGCCGAAGAAAGCAAGUUCCUCAACAUGAUUAGCUGAGAGCAAUCAAACACCUCAUCAUCCAUCCAGUUGUAAACCAUUUCUGCAUCAGGAAUAUAUGGGCUACAUAAGAAAGCACUGAUUGAAUAAUGCAAAACUGGCUAUUUCAAGAAAAUGUUCUUAUUUGUCUGUAAAAAAAUGCCUCUCUUGUUAUAUGAGCUUAAGAUUUGUAUAUGUUUCAUUAAAAAGUGUAAUUCUCAGUAUAGCUACAGUUAAGGACAAUUUUAUGUCUUUUUGUUUUUGUUUGUUUUGUUUUUGUUUUUGCCAUACAUUUUAACUACAAAUACAUAUCCCAGGGGAUAAACAUGUAUCUACAAACAAUUGCCAUUCAGUAUUUUCUGGUGAAUUCGCCCUUUACAAAAACUGUGCACUGAAAGCAGUCUUCAAGGUACCUUGCUGAAGAUAUCAGAUUUUGGCAUCUGAAUACAACAUGAAAAGAGAGCUACCAGGGAAUGGACAUGAUAUGUAAAUAAAAAAUAAUAUUUUCUCAUGAAGACAUUUUGUGUAUAAAGGUGACACUGUAUGGUACUUGCUUUAAUUUAAGCUGUAGACUUUUGAUGUUUCAACUUGGGCUGUCAAAUGUGAGAUGUACCAAAAUUGAAAACAUUUUUAGGUUUUUAAAUACAUUUGCUUUUCUCUUUUUUAAGUGUGCAAAACAACAGGCUAAAGAGGUGCAUAGACUUUUCAGUAAAUGCUCCCCUGACACACACAGUGUUAUAUUAUUAAAAUAGAUAAGAAUAUUCCAGUUGUGAUCAAGUUUAAAACUCGCACAGUGGGACCAACAUACUGAUGUACUGUAUGGUAUGUCUUUGCAGACAAAAUAUCCUACAAUUAAUUUAUCAGACCCUUUUAUCCAAAGUAACGUACAUCAGAGAGUAAGAACAACACAAGCAAGGAUUUAGAGAGGAGGAGACAACGUCAGGAAGUUCAAACGAUUGGCUUUAAGUCCGAUCAGACAAACAGGUGUUGACAGGAAGUGACCAGAGGCAAAGCACAUCGAAAGCUGUUCUUGAGAGUUCUAAUCAGCAUAGAAACUAUCU